GGAAAGGCUCGGCAAAAGCAGUCCAAGUCCACCAAAUCAGGUUCAGGUGAGAUCGAGGUCCUGCUCCACUAAACUGAGCUUCCCUCCGCCGCCGCCUUGCCCUGCAUUCCUCGUCCCUUGUAGCGACGAGGAGGAACAAGAUGCGUCGUCCUUCAGGGUGAUUCCCGAAUCCCGACGAGGAAGGGAGAGCUCACGGUGGCGGCGGGAGCAGCAAUGGCGAAGGCGAUGGAUGAGUAGAGACGCGAGAAUCCGUGUCAGAAUAGAUGGAUCUCAAGGAUAGCCUCUCCAGAUUUAAGCAACAGCAGGAGAGAUGCCAGUCAUCUUUGGCGAGCAUAGCUGCUUCGAGCUCAAAGCCAAAGCACAGGGCCCAACCAGCACAUGCUCCCAACGUUCCAGCAAGGCCAUCACAACCUGUUAAGUUUUCGAAUGAUACAGAAAGGCUGCAGCACAUCAAUUCGAUUAGGAAAUCUCCUGUCGGAGCACAGAUCAAACUUGUCAUUGAACUGCUUUACAAGACAAGACAAGCUUUUACUGCAGAACAGAUAAAUGAUGCAACUUAUGUCGAUAUCCAUGGUAAUAAAGCUGUCUUUGACAGCUUGAGAAACAACCCCAAAGUAAGCUAUGAUGGGAGGCGUUUCUCUUACAAGUCCAAGCAUGACCUGAAGGGAAAAGAUCAACUGCUUGUUUUGAUUAGGAAGUUCCCAGAAGGUCUUGCUGUUGUGGAAGUGAAGGAUGCAUAUCCAAAUGUAUUGGAAGAUUUGCAGGCUCUGAAGGCUGCAGGUGAGGUUUGGCUGUUAUCAAACAUGGACUCCCAGGAGGACAUUGUAUACCCUAAUGAUCCAAAAGCGAAGAUCAAGGUUGAUGAUGACCUGAAGCAGCUCUUCCGUGAAAUAGAGCUACCACGUGAUAUGGUCGACAUAGAGAAGGAGCUACAGAGAAACGGUUUCAAGCCCAUGACCAAUACUGCCAAACGACGAGCAGCUGCCCAGAUCAAUGGCGUGAAACCCAAGGCUAAGCCCAAGAAGAAGCAGCGUGAGAUCACAAAGCGGACCAAGCUCACGAAUGCCCAUCUGCCUGAGCUGUUCCAGAAUCUCAACACUUAACCUUGUUACAAUCGUUGAUGACUCAAAGAGGGUUCAUGUUACUCCUAUGUAUUGCUAUGUUGUGUGUACAUGUAAUGCUACCCCUGUAUGUUGUACGGCUUAUGGGCUCUACAAAUUUGUAUCUCAAGAUUCUGGAUGAUAUACUUACGCAUUCUGACAUAAUAGAAUGCAAAACCUCAAGAUUUUCCUUAUUUUUAAUUUUUAUUUUAUCUUAAUUACAACA